UUUACCGCAAUACGUCUUUUGAGCAAGCGAAAUAGCGAAAUUGUUUAUUGAACAUUUAAAUAGAACUACGGUCUGUAGAACGAUUCGGUUUUGUUAUUUUUUAAAGACUCGAAGAUAAGACUUUAAUUAUGUCAGGUAGAGGAGAAGGUAGCAGGGGUUAUGGAGAAAAGCAAAGAAAACCGCUCCCUACUGAGCCACCUUUUAUCGCUUUUGUUGGUAACUUACCACAAGGCCUCGUGCAAGGGGAUGUAACAAAGAUUUUUGACGGUUUUUGUAUAAAAAACGUACGUCUAGUGAAAGACCGAGAGACGGAUGAAUUUAAAGGAUUCUGUUAUGUUGAGUUUGAAACAGUAGAUCAUUUGAUGCGGGCUUUGGAUUUGGAUGGGCGAAUUCAAUUAGAUGAAAGCCCUGCACCAUUGAGAAUCGAUAUCGCUGAGUCUAAAAAACAUGAACGAGGUCCUAAUCGUAAUGGAAAACCAUUUCAUCGUUCGGCUAACGAUCGUCCUCAUGAUUUCUACAAUAAAGGUCAAUUUGAGGGACACCGGGACAAAGGUCAAUUCGAUGGUCGUAAUAAUGCGAACCGUGGAAGGUAUGGACAUUUUAAUGAUUCCGGUUCUCGCAAUGAUUGGGGAAAAAAAAAUACUGGAUAUGACAAAAAUACGCGUGAUUUUCAAUACAGAAAUAACAAAGACGAUGGCCAUUUCAGUGGUAAUCGUCAAUACCGGUCCUAUAAAAAUGAUAAUCCAAGAAAAAGUACUGAGGAACAACAGCCGAUUAGUGUGGAAGAUCGAGAUGCUGGACGACCUAAAUUGGUUUUACAACCAAGAACUGUGAAGGAACCAGUUAAUGCAUUAGCAGAGACAAAACAAGCUGCAGCAAUAUUCGGAAAUGCAAAACCAAGAGAAGAAAAAUCUUUACCAGACAAAACCACAUAAGAAACUUUAAGUUACUUGAAUGCUGGUAUAACAGCUUACAAAUAUUAUAUAAUUUUUCAGUAUAAUAAUAAAGUAUGUUUGAUUGUCGA